GGAUUGAACACCCGGGCUAUGGCCGCCGGAAAGGCAUAUUUUGGAAGUGCAACGGAUAAUCCCGAGCUGGCUGAUACCGUCUAUGUCAAUGGCUUGAGUAACACUGCAGAUUUCGGUCAAAUCACUCCCGGCAACGCUAUGAAGUGGGACACUAUCGAGCCGUCUCGUGGCACAUUCUCGUACACCAACGGAGAUGCCAUUGUCAGCUUGGCCCAAAAGAAUGGCCAGAAGCUCAGGUGUCAUACGCUGGUAUGGUACAGCCAAUUGCCAAAUUGGGUCAAAAGCGGAGGGUUUGAUAACGCAACCUUAAUCUCCAUCAUGAAGAACCAUAUCACCAACGAAGUCACUCACUACAAGGGCAAAUGCCUCCACUGGGAUGUUGCAAAUGAAGCCCUGAAUGAGGAUGGAACAUACCGCUCUAAUGUCUUCUACGACACAAUUGGACCCGCUUACCUUCCUAUUGCAUUCGCCACAGCAGCUGCCGCAGACCCUGAAGCGAGGCUCUACUACAACGAUUACAACAUCGAGUCUGCAGGCUCGAAAUCUACCGGUGCACAAAAUAUCGUCAAGCUUAUCAAACAAUACGGCGCUAAAAUUGACGGUGUCGGGUUCCAGUCGCACUUUAUUGUAGGAUCCACCCCAUCGGAAUCCGCUCAAACUUCCAAUAUGAAUGCCUUCGUGAGUCUCGGGGUUGAGGUGGCUAUUACAGAACUCGACAUUCGCACUACGACCCCAUCCACCGCCUCUGCAAUUGCGCAGCAAGCAAAGGACUACGCUGCCACUAUUGGUGCUUGCAAAGCUGUUUCUAAGUGCGUCGGCGUCACGAUUUGGGAUUACACCGACAAGUAUUCGUGGAUUCCAAGCGUCUUCUCUGGACAGGGCGCUGCGCUCCCUUGGGACGAGAACAUACAGAAGAAACUCGACAUCUACAAUGCCAUCCUCAAUGCUUGGGGCUCCGCUCCCUCUGGAGCUACGACUACGGCCAAUGUCGCCACUUCAGCCGCUGCUACUACUUCUGCCAAACCUACUACAACCUCUACGUCCGGUACCGUCGCCAAAUGGGGUCAAUGUGGAGGAAUUGGAUGGUUGGGAGGGACGGUUUGCGAGAGCGGAAGCACUUGCACCAAAUCCAACGAUUACUAUUCGCAGUGCAUCUAA